GCUCCGUCGACCCCGGGCACGGCGCGGCCACGGUUGAGGCCUUAGCCUUCCGCGCCGGCUGGGUCGCCCUCGCCCAGGUCCCGCUCGUCUUGGUGCUCGCUUCACGGCCGAACGUGGCGGCCUUUGCGGCCGGCGUGUCGGACCGCCGCGUCAACUGGGUGCACCACUGCGUGGCGAGAACUGUUUGCCUGUGGUCCGCGGCCCACGGGAUCCUGUUUGUCGCCGAGUGGGUUGCGAGUGACUUCUUCUGGACCGAGCUGCGCAUCAUGCCCCGGGUCAAGUACGGCUUUGCUGCGGGGGCAGUCUUGGUCUGGACGGCCUUGAGCUCUCUCCUCCCGCUGAGGCGCCGUUUCUUUGGCUUUUUUGUGCUGCAGCACCGAGCCUCCUCCCUAGCCUUUGUCUCUCUCCUGUACUGCCAUCUACCGCGGGGCCACAGAUUCUACGCCUACUGCGCUUUCGCCGCCUCCGCCGCGGACUCCGCCACGUCCUGGCUCCAGUUUGCCUAUCGAAACCUCCACCUCAGGCGCCCGCCGUGCUGCAAUGGCCGGCACACUCAUAGUCUCGGAUACGAGGCAAACGUCGUUGCCAUCGGCCAUGGCCUGUCCGUGCUCGAGGUCAACGGUGUCCAUUUUGACUGGGCCCCGGGACAGUAUGUGUCCAUCUGGGCGCCCAUGUUCUGGUGGCAGUCCACACACCCCUUCACCAUCGCCAGCAGCUCCUCUCCGGGCCCAGGAGCCGCCGGGUCCUGCCGCCGCAUCGUGCUUAUGAUGCGCACCAAAGGCAGCUUCACCGAGAGCAUGAAUCGACAUGCACGAGCUAGUGAGCCAGGCGGCGGCGGAGGAGGGGGGCAGCCGCAACGGCUCAGGCUCUUUGUAUCCGGGCCGUUUGGAAGACCUCCCGGGUUCGAGCGCUUCGAAACCGUCGUCUGCAUAUCUGCAUCUACGGGGGCCUCCUUCACCUUGCCCAUUGUGCAGUCUCUGGCGCCCCUCGGCUCCAAAGCGCCGCCAGCAGUCCGUCGCCUCCACAUUCUCAUGCUAGCUCGAGAAAGGGCUGAGCUUGACUUUUACGUCCGCCGGCUGCGUCAGCUAAUGCAAGACUUCACGGCAUCCGGUAUAGUUGUCGACGUCACCAUUGCGGUGACGGGCGGCGCACGUCCAGAACAUGCCGCCGCGUCGCCGGAUGCGGCCGGAUCCGAUGAUGCGCACAGUCACAUGGACAGAUACGAGCCGCUGCUCGCUCAAGCCGAUGCACUGGACGACGGCGAAUACCCGACUCCGCAAAUCGACGAACCGGGGGGGCUCCUUCGAAGCUCGGCCGAGUCGGAUAUUAGGUCGCUCUUGACGCAGAGCCUCGAUUCACCGUCGGACGAAGAGCAAGACAUGGCUAUACUCGACCCGCAUCAUAAUGGCGCCAAGGAUGAAUCAUCCGCUGGCUAUUUUUUUCGCAUCAAGGGACGGCCGGACCUAGACCAGUAUCUCGACCAUAUCAUGGACUCAACCUGUGGCCGCCUCGGAAUAUCUGUUUGCGGCGGGAGUGGUGUGGUAGCCGGGGUGAGGGAAGCCUUGAAGGCCGUGUGCUGCCGUAGGAAAGGGGACGGCCAGAAGACCAACAACGUAUUCUUGCAUGUCGAAGGAUCUAGCACUUGACCGAGUGGGUAGUUGGGUAUCCCGGGCAUUCUAUCCAGCGCAUCUCCUACCCAACGCCAAUGCCAGGCCGGCGGAUUUGGAAACCAGCGGCCGGGCUCGUACCCUCGGAAUAUGCACUUGCGACGGCAUUCGCAAAGGUAGGUACCUACCCUACCGUAGACACCGCGACAAGGUGGCUGCAACCUAGUAGCUGGCCAUCAGCCGCAGCGCCACCACCACCGCAACCGUCACCAUAGGCAAAAUAUACAAGUUCCAUAUCCCCAGCAGCUCUAACACUGUCCCAGAAGCUGCUCUCGGGCCCAGCCAUAUUCUAGAUGGGCGAGCAACCAGACCGACGUGACACCACAAAAGCCGCCACGAAAACGGCAACACGGCGAGCACGAUAGAUAGAGCAGCACAAAAUAGCU